AUGAAGUUCAUUACACUUUUCUCAUCAUGGCACAUUCAUAGAUGGGCAAGGAACGUCUUGCGCUACUUUGGAGGAAUCUGGGUUCCACCAGCGCAAAAAAUUUUGGUGGACGUGAUACUACUUGUAGCGCAAAAAAAAUUGGAGGAUGUGAUACUUCCACGUAGCGCAAAAAAAAAAUGA